AUGGACGCGAGCAGCCUGUUCGGGGGCGGGCCUCCCGGGGGCACCGCCGCCGCUGCUGCCACCUUCGCCCCCAGCAACGCAAGCGAUGACGCCCCCCGCUCAGCGGCUUCGCUGUUUGGCGGAGAACCCGAGGACAACCUGGCCAAUCCGCCGGGAUCAGGCGAAGGCCAGCAAAUACAAGGCGUGCCGGACGACCUUUUCGGCGGCGGCGGUGCCGGCUCCGGAGGCUUCGGUACGUCGCCUUCACCGCAGGCUCCUUUUGGUGGGGGCUCCGCAGCUGGUACUUUCGGGGCCCCGCCGCCGGUGCCCGCGGGAGCCGUGCCGGAGGAGUUGUUCGGCGGUAACGGCGGGGGGGGUGCCGUUCCGCAGGAAUUGUUCGGCGCUAGCGGUGGAGGGGGUGGUUCCACGUUUGGUUUCGGGGCAGAACACGGGACGAGGAGAACUAGCUCCGAGGUGCACACGAGCCCGCCAGCGACAUCGGCGACGCCGAAUGCCCUUGGCGGGGUGUUCCCGGGGCGGUCAUCACCGCCAUCAAUGUCGGGGGGCAGCAACCCCACGCCUGCGGGACCCCCGACCGCCUCCUCCAAGCAGGGCGACGGCGGCAGCGGAGGCUUCGGCGCCCCUCCUUCGAACGCGUUGGGCGCGCCGCCCGGCGAGCUGUUGGGCGGACCCCCUCCGCCCCCUUCUCCCGGCCACGACGCUUUCGGGGUCGCAUCCUCCGUGCCACGGCCGCCGCCGCCGCCGUCCGACGCGGCAACAAGAAGCAGCAGCCUCGGCUCUUCCCCCCCCCCGCCCCCCCGGGCCCCCGGGGGUCCGCAGAAUGAUGGGUUUCCGCCAGGUGCUGCUGCGCUCUCGGCGCGCCAGCCGGGGGGGAGUCUUGGUGGCAGCCCUCCUUCCUCCGAGCUUGGCUCGCCUCCCGCUACGAUGUUUGGGGCGCCCCCCCCCGGAGUUUUUGGAGCGCCGCCUCCCCCCGCGCCUGCCGAGCUUGGGUCUCCCCCAAGUUCGGUGUUUGACGCGCCAUCGUCGGGGGCGUUCGGGCAGCCACCGCCAGGCGGCGGUCGUGGAGCCUUCGGAGCGCCACCUUCAGCGGCGUCGGGCCUUGGCUCUCCGCCAUCUUCGGUGUUCGGUGCACCCCCCCAGGAAGGGCCGAUGCCACCUCGCCCGGGUUCACGGACCGGGAGCCCUCCCACCGCCGUAGCGCUUGGCGUCGCGCCUCGGGACGCGUGCACGGCAGUAGCGCCGCAACCGCAUUCUUGGGGCCGGCCAGGCCGCGACAACAAGCCUCCCGCAGCAGCCCCGAUGGCUGGAUCCCCUCCUUCUGCCGUGUUUGGGGGGGCUCCGCCUGGGUCAUCCGUGGGGGGGUCGCCUCCUGCGGCUGGCGGGUCUAGGUCACCACCGCCUUCGAUGUUCGGGGCGCCUCCCGGAGAAUUGUUUGGAGGGUUACAUUCGGCAGGAGUCGCGUCUCCUACCCCCGCGGAAUACGGGUCCCCUCCCGCAACGCGUGAACGCGGCCCGCCUACGGCCUCGGUGUUUGAUUCGCCGUCACGGCAGGAAGCGUCUGAAGUGCCGCCGCAGCAGCCAUCCGGGAGCUUCGGUGGUGGCGUCGGGGUAAAACGCCAAAGCGGGUCUCCUCCGACAACAGCAGACCUCGGCUCGCCUCCGGCCUCAAUGUUUGAUGCGCCACCGCCGGCGGCCCAGGAAACGCCCGGAGUGCCGCCGCUGCAGCCACCCGGGAGCUUGGGCGGUGUCGGCGCAAGACACCCAAGCGGGUCUCCUCCCACAACGGCAGACCUCGGCUCGCCUCCGGCCUCGAUGUUUGAUGCGCCACCACCGCCGUCGCAGCAGGAAGCGUCCGGAGUGCCGCCGCAGCAGCCCCCCGGGAGCUUGGGCGGUGUCGGCGCAAGACGCGAAAGCGGGUCUCCUCCGACAACGGCAGACCUCGGCUCACCUCCGGCCUCAAUGUUUGAUGCGCCACCGCCGGCGGCCCAGGAAGCGUCCGGAGUGCCGCCGCAGCAGCCACCGGGGAGCUUCGGCGGUGUCGGCGCAAGACGCGAAAGCGGGUCUCCUCCCACAACGGCAGACCUCGGCUCACCUCCGGCCUCAAUGUUUGAUGCGCCACCGCCGGCGGCCCAGGAAGCGUCCGGAGUGCCGCCGCAGCAGCCACCGGGGAGCUUCGGCGGUGUCGGCGCAAGACACCCAAGCGGGUCUCCUCCCACAACGGCAGACCUCGGCUCACCUCCGGCCUCAAUGUUUGAUGCGCCACCACCGCCGUCGCAGCAGGAAGCGUCCGGAGUGCCGCCGCAGCAGCCCCCCAGAAGCUUCGGCGGUGUCGGCGCAAGACACCAAAGCGGGUCUCCUCCCACAACGGCAGACCUCGGCUCGCCUCCGGCCUCAAUGUUUGAUGCCCCUCCGCCGUCGCAGCAGGAAGCGUCCGGAGUGCCGCCGCAGCAGCCACCCGGGAGCUUCGGCGGUGUCGGCGCAAGACGCCAAAGCGGGUCUCCUCCCACAACGGCAGACCUCGGCUCGCCUCCGGCCUCAAUGUUUGAUGCGCCACCGCCGGCGACCCAGGAAGCGUCCGGAGUGCCGCCGCAGAAGCCACCGGGGAGCUUCGGCGGUGUCGGCGCAAGACGCCAAAGCGGAUCUCCUCCCACAACGGCUGAACUCGGCUCACCUCCGGCCUCGAUGUUUGAUGCGCCACCACCGCCGUCGCAGCAGGAAGCGUCCGGAGUGCCGCCACAGCAACCGCCCCGGAUCUUGGGCGGCGGCGGUGGCGGCGGGGGCAGUGGCGGCGGCGGCGUAAGACGCCCAAGCACAAGACCGUUCGGCUCCGCCUCGCGCGAUAUCGGUGACGCUUGGGAAGGUGAUUCGUUUGGUGGCGGCGAAGCGGAGGGCGCGGGGGAUUCAAGCGCCGCGGACUUGUUCGGUUCGUCGGCGGCGGCGGUAGUGCCCGAGGAAGACAUUUUCGGCGCGGCAGCAGGGGGCUCCGCGGAACGGGCUGGUGGGGGGUGGCAGGGGGAGCAGCGACAACACGAGUCUGCUGGAAUGGAGGCAACGUCGUUUGGGUCCCCGGCGCAGCAGGGGGACGCGUUUGGAGGGGGGGGCGCAUUCGGAGGGAACGGCGAGGAAGACCAGUCGUGGUGGCAGCAAGGCGAGGCCGGAAACGGUGAAACGGCAGCAGUUAGUCCGCCGAUGGACACGUCUGCUGGCACCGCCCCAACAACCACGCGGGAAGAGGGAGGCUCCGUCGCCGUGGACUCGUUCGAAGGAUUCGGCGGUGCACGCGAGGGGACCCCCGAAGCGUCACCAUCUCCCGGCACACCACCGGAAGAAAAUAACGAGGAGCCUGGGCAGGCCGAUUAUUCUUCGCCCCCGGCUUUCCCGCAGGCAAGCGAAGAGGAGGAGGACCUCGGAGCGCCGCCGGCUGACAUGUUCGGGCCUCCGCCAACGGCGGUUGCCCACUUCGCUCAACCCGAGGUGAAGGCUCAACAGAAGGGAGGAGGGGCUCCGCCGAAUCGGUCUCCGAGGGCCGGCGCUCCUGCGGCGGCGGCGGAAGCGGGGCCGCCGCGGCCACAGUCACGGUAUGGCGGCGCCAAGAUUGACGUGGGGGACCUUGAAGGGGUUGCGGCGGGGGGACCCGCGGCGGGAGUUGGGAUCGAAGCGGGCGCGGCUUCUGGCCCCGGAACGCCGGCGGUAGCCGCGGCGGGUACGUGGGCGGCGAGCCGGGCGGCGUCGCCGGGGUGGGAGAAGCAACCGUCGCCCCCGCUGGAGCUCGGCGUGUUCGGCGAGCCCGCUCCCGCGGAGGCGUUCACGUCCGAGACGACGGCGGCGGCUGCUACGGCGGCGGCCGAUCUGUUCGGCGCCUCUGGUGGAGUUGAUGCCGCCGUCGGAGAGGGGGGACCAGGCGAGGGUGACGCGGGGUACCAAGGGUGGGGAAUGUACGCCGCGGAUGCUGCCCCCGGGGGGUCGGACUUGUGCGCUCCCUCCUCCUCCGCGCCUACGGCGCUGCCGCCGCCCCCGCUCGCUACCGGCGCCCCGCCGUCCCCGCGGUCGUCGUUUGUCGCGAAUGACGGCCACGGAAGCCUGACCAUCGCCGCGUUGGCCUCGGCAAGCGUUCCCCCUUCGACACCGCCGAGGCUCUUCGCGACGCGGUCUUCGUCGUGGGCGGCGCAGGACAAGGCGCAGGCGGAAGGCCACGGCCAAGGUUUCCAGCGAGACCAAGGGGGCGUGUUCGCGAAGAGGGACCACCCGCCGAGCAGUUCCGCUUCGACGGACGGGCCUGAACCAGCUGCCGAGGACAACGACGACCUUUGCCAGGGAGACAGCGGCUCGAUGAUGGCGUCGACGCCGCCCCCUCUCGGGGCGGUAGAGGCGGCGGCGGCGGCGGCGGAGCUGACUCGGUCUCCCGUAACAAGCCCUCGACCCACCUCUCCAGGAAGCCCUGGAGCUGCCUCCCCGGCAGACCGCCACCGCGGCGGCGGCGGCGGCGGCGCGAAGUCGGCGAGGUACUCGCAAGCCCACCAGCCGCCGUUUUCCACCAUCCCGGAAGCGUUGGACGCGCAAGGCCCGCCGAGCUUGCGCGGCGCCCCGGCGGAUCAUCGUCCCGAGGGCGGGUCAGCGACCAGCCUCGCGCCGAGCGGCAGCACGCGAAGCGGGAGCAACGAGCCGGCGGUGGCGGCGACGCCCCCGGAGGGCGGGGGUAGGGUUGGGCCCGGUUCGACCCUAAGCACCCCGUUCGGGGCCUGGAGCAGGGGUUCUGGGACUACCCCCGAGGUAGGAGAAGGGUUCCCGUCCUCGGAAGAUGACGAGGUUCUGGACGAGUCCCCGAACAUACUGUCGCCGCCGUCGGCGGUGGCGGCGGCAGCGGCGGUGGGUAAGGAUAACGCUGCGGAGGAGGAGCCUUCGGGAUCAUCGAAAGCGGAGCCGGCUUCGGUUGCUGUGCCAGCAGGCGUGUCUGUGGAAGGCGCCGGCGACGGUGGUGGUGCCCUCAACGCCGCCUUUGCCCUUCCUCCCCCCCUUCUUGGAGGCGUGUCUGUGGAAGGCGGCGAUGGCGGUGCACAAAACGCCGCCUUUGCCCUUCCCCCUCCUCCUGCCGUUGAUGUCGCUCCUGUGGCACCCGUUGGUAUUACCGGCGCCGUCGGGGAUACCGGGUACGGGGGAAAGGAGGGGGAGACCAUCUCCGAGGAGGUGUCCCGGGCGGUGGAGGGCAAGGAGGACGAGCAACCUCGCGCCCCCCCCCCGCAGGCGGCAGCGAACGACCCGCGGGCGGCGGAUUCCGCUGCUUCGGAGGAAGCCGCCCAGAAGAUCAGCGAGGGGGGCGUCAGCUGGGGCGGGGGUGGGGGAGGGGGGGACGAGAUGGGCCCAGGAGAUGACGAUGACGAGAGUGAGACUGGGACUGGAAUCGACUCGGAGGAGGGUUCCACCGACGCCGCCAAGAGCAACGAGGCUAGUAUCGCGGAGACUACCGCGAACGACUUUUUUGCGGCCCCCAAAUCGCCGGAAUCGGAGCCCGGAAGCCCGAGGCCCACGUCUCUAAGGGACGGCCGGGCCUCCGUGGGCAGCGUCAGCCCUCUCUCCGGGUACAACAGCAGCACGGGCAGCCGGCGUGGCCGCCGCGAGACAUUCGGCGGCAGCGGCAGCGGCGGCGGCCGUGGCAGCGGCCGCGCCCUCUCCUCCUCCUCCUCCCCGUACAACCUGGCGGACAUCCCGUCCAUCUUCCCCCUCCCGGAAGCCGUCUCCCGGGCGAGGCGGUCUACCGGGGGGCUGCCGCCACCCGUGCCGGGGACGCACGCCUACGGCACUCCGUCCGCGGCGGUGGCAGCGGCGGCGGCGGCCGCCGCGACCGCGGAGCGGCCGCCAUGCCCCACCUGGCGCAGCCUUAGCCCCUCCCGCCCCGGGGACGACCGGGGGUGGAGCCUGAGCCCGGUGCUGGCGGCGAGGGCGGGGACCCACAGGAGCAUCAGCCCGACGCGCGGCGGCGGCGGCGGGGGCACGGGCGUGGCGUACGUGUCGCCGUCCGCGCGGAAAGGCGGGUCGGAGGGCGUCGCUAGGCUUGGCCGCGCGAUGGGGAUGCCGUCCGCGGCCCCGGCGGAGUCGACCGUGGCAUCCUUCGGAGACCAGGCGGCCGAUGCCGUUGGUAUCGAUCCGUCGGGGUCUGCUGCCGGCGAUACCGCUUCCGGUAAUGACGUCGGCCACCCUCCCCCGAGCCAGGCCACGUCCGAACAAAACACCACUGCGGAGCCUCCAAGCCGGGAACCCGAAGAAGGUGCGCGGCAGCAAUCUAGCGGGUCUCAAGAUGCCCCCGCCGGCACGCAAGCGCCUCCCAAGCGGGUCGUCGUCUCACCUCCCACGUCUUCUGCAGCCACCGAUCAGGGGUGGGUGGCGGGCCUGUCGGAAGCGGGCCCCCCUCACGAAGAAGAAGACGAGCAGGGCGCGCCGUCAACCAGCGAUUUACCCGACACCGGCGCCGUGGACGCGGGAGUCGACGGCGACAUGGGGCACACCGCAUCGACCUUUGAUGCGACCGCCGGCGCCUCCAGCGGCGACCCGCUCAGGCCACCACCUCUUUCCUCGGACGUUUUCGGGCAGCAGCAGCAGCCUGCUACGGCGGCGGCAGUGGAAGCCGUCGCCGCGGGGCCAUCUCCCUUCGUGAACACGUCCUCCCCGCUCACCCGAAGCCGCCGUAACGGAGACGAGGCAUCCCUCUUCGGCCCCGCAGAUGAUGACCAGGCGGACGGAAACGGUCCCGCCGGCGCCGCCGAUCUCUUCGCCGCCGAAGCUCCCGCACGCGCCGCCGACGAGCUAUUUUCCUCGGGAGCGGGGGCGUCCGACGCGGCGGGCGGCGACGGCGGCGGCGGCGACGCGGGCAUGUUCUCCCAGGGGCCGCCGCCGGAGGCGCCGGCUCCGUCCCUGCCCAACCCGUGGGGGUCUUCGCCGCUGAAGCAGCCGCUUGCAGAGCCCAAGCGCUGGCCGACGAAGGGCGGGACCGGCUUUGACAGACCGGCGUCACCGUCGGCGGCGGCUGAGAAGGCCUCCUCCCAGUCGCGGGAGGCGGGGGGUAUCCCUUCGGCGUUUUUCGGGCCGGGGAGCGACGAGUUCGGCGCCGACGACUGCGGUGGGGGCGAGGGCCAAGCUUUCGGAGAGACGCCUGUUGUCCCGAGGCCGUCGGCGCGGCCGCCGUGGGAGAGAGGGGCCCCGUCGGGUGGAGGAGGCGUUCCUGAGAAGCUGGCGUCAACGACGGCACCCCCUGGCCCGUCGAAGCCGCUCUCUACCAGCCGGUUCGGCGGCGCUAAGGGGUUCCGCGGGGGCGGGGCAUGGGCCGGCUCCACCGGCCUGGCGGCCGCCGCCGCCACCGCCGCCACCGUAGGCAUGACGCCCUCAGCGGUGACCGGCGCUCCGCGUGAAGAGGGCGUGACGCCGGCGGGCGUGGUUGCAUCGUUCGGGUUCGGCGGGAAGCUUGUGACGAUGCACCCGCGGCGGAAGAUAAGGCUGGCGCCGGCCCCGGGGGUGGUGCCUUCGCCAGACGACGGGCCUGCUCUCCGCAAGGGUCCGGUCAAUGUUUGGUCGCUGAAGGACGUGGCCAGCCCGGAGACUGUCGUGUGCGACGCCGCAGCCUUCCCGGGACCGGCCUCCAGCGCGCCCGUAGAUAAGCUGCGGGAGUACGUCGAGAAGCGGGCCACGGCCGCCGCCGCUGAGGUCGACGAGGCGGGAGCGGAGGCGGAGGGGAAGAGGCUGUUGUGGAGCGUGGCAGGGCUAGCGUUGGAGUUCAAGGGCUGCCUGACGAGCGACGCCGGAGCGGCGGACCCCAAGUCACCGGAAUCCGCCAUCGUCAAGCUGCUCAAGGACGCUCACGCCCGACGAAAGACGGCGGCGGCAGCAGCAGCAGCAGAAGCAUCCGUUGAGAAGAGCGGCGCUACCCCCGCCCUCGCCGCUGCUGCCGGUGGCGGCGCGCGGGAUGCCGCCCUGGCGUUCCCCGGCAUGGGGGGGGCUCCGCAGGGGCACUUUUUCAGGACGGGGGGUGGGCGUACCACACCCGGCCUUGGCGGUAGGUUUUCGGCGGACACGGCACAGGCGCCGCAGCAGCAGCAGCAGGAGCCUGCCACGGGGGCGGGAGUCGGUCCUUUCGGGGGCGUUCCUGGGCGGUUGGGCGGCGAUAGACCGCCCAGGGGAGCGGUGGUGGAAGGCGUGGGGGGGGGUGUGGGGUCCGAGGCGGCCACGGGUAGUCAUGAAGAGGUGGAGGCGUUGCUCGUGGACGGGAAGAAGGAGGAGGCGGUCGACGCCUCCAUACGCGCCGGGCUGUGGGGCCUCGCGCUCCUGAUAGCCUCCCAGUGCCCCGCGCCGGCGGUAGAGGCAGGCACGCCGAAGAAGGGCGACGGAGGAGGAGAGGACGCCGCCGCUCCCCCGCCGCCCCCGCCGCAGCCGCAGUACCAGCGCGUGGUCCGUCUCUACGCCAACGCCUUCCUGCACACGGGAACCCCGCUGCACACCAUGGCCCUGGCGUUCUCCGGGCAGGCCGGGGCGGCGAUCAAGCACGGGGGUAAGAGCUUGGCGGGCGGCGGCGGCGGCGGCGGGGGCAGCGGCGAUGCGGAUCGAGGUAGCGGCGGUGGUGGUGGGUUCGAGGAGAGCUGGAUGGUCACCGCCGCGGCUAUCGUCAGCAACAAGGUGGCCGGCUGGAUCGAACAGCUUACGGGUCUUGGAGACCGGCUAUUCGAGUCCGACAACGUCGCGGCGGCUCACGCGAUGUUCCUCGUGGCCGGCAUGCAAGUGGACCUUCCCACCACCAAGGGCGCCAGACUCAUCCUGCCGGGGGUGGAUCACCGCAAGCCGGCACACAGGUCGUUGCGUACGGCGGAGGCUACUGAUGCAGUGCACAUCCUCGAGGUGCUGGAGGUGGCGUCCAAGUCUGGCGGACGCUCGCAGAACAGCGCUGUCCAGGGACACAAGCUGCGGUUGGCGAUGAGACUGGCCGAUCUGGGUUUCCUCCAAAAGGCGUACGACUAUGCCCGCAGCGCCCAAGCAGAGGUUGCCGCGAUGGGCGGGCGCUCGCAAGGGGGUUCGCAGCAGCGGAGCCCGUACUCCCCGCAGUUCAUCACAGCCCUCAACGAGUUUGAAGACCGGGCGUGCGCCGCCCUGGGUCUUGAGGCGAACGGUGCCGGGAACGCCGCUGGCGACGAGAAGAAGGAGCGGACCGGUGGAGCGGGGUCCGCGGCUGCUGGGGCCGGGGGCUGGCUCCUCAACAGCCCGCCGCUGCCGCCGCUUGCGGACCAGCAGCAUCACCAGGGCUCGUUCCAAAGCCCGCCGAGAUCCGCUGGGCCGGGGACCGGGGACGGCGGCGCUAUCCCCGCAGCAGCAGCAGCAGCAGGUGGGCCGUUCGGCGGCAGCGGCCGGCCGCCUCUUCCUGGCGGCGGUUCCCCCGCUUUCGGGACACCGAGCGGUGCCGGAGCCCCUCCUCCGGAAAACGCCACGAGAAGCCCCGCCGAGAACGGUGCGGGGAACGGUGCGGGGAACGGUGCAGGGCCGCCGCCCGGCGCGGGGGCUGCCGCGGUGGCCAAGAGGCUUUUGAACCGGGGGAUGGGGGAAGGCGGCGGCGGCGGUGGCGGCGGCGGUGGCGGCGGAGGCCCGCCGGGGAAGGAGGUGAUGCACGUGGGCAGCGCGCCCGAGCUCGGCGGGAAGGCGCGUGAGGCGGAAAAUUCUACAGGGGGUAAGGUGAACGAUAGCGGCGGUAGCGGUAAGGCCGUCGAGAAGGCGCCGAACAGCGAGCCUCGGAAGGGGGCGAAGGGGAAGGACAUCAAGAGGAGGGCGAGCGUCGGGGGAUCGGCGGCGGUGGCGGCGAAGCCCGGCCGGUUGGCGAAGAUGAUGUCCAAGUGGCUGUACCCGGAAGCCAAGCACGCCGACGUGGGUAACGACAUGGAGGCCUACUACGACGAGAAGGCGAAGCGGUGGGUCUUCCCGGGAGAGGACCCGGGGGAAGCAGUCACAGGCCCCCCUCCUCCCCCCCCGACUGCGUCUCAGCUCGGCGGCGGCGGCGGCGGGCCGCCCGGCCCUCCGGGAGCAGCAGGCGCCGGCGGCGCCACUUCCCCGCCGAACAGCACCCCGGGACUGGACGCGAACGAUCCCCUGGCGGCGUUGAUGGCCCCGCCGCCGGCUUCCGUGGGUGCUCCCAGGAGACAGACGAUGGGGUCGCUUCCGAUGGGCGGCGGCGGGGGCGGGGGGCCUCCUCCCAUGGGAGGGGGGCUCGGCUGGGCCGGGGCCGGGAGCGCGGCGGCGCGGGCUCCGUUCCCGGCGGCCGGGGCGAAGUUUACGGCGUUUGCGCCGAAGGCGCCGGUGUCUGCCUUUGGCGGCGGGGCCGGCGGCGGCGGCGGCGACGGGGGUACGGAUAGCGCUGCUGGUAGCCCGCCUUCUUCGAAGCAUGGAUGAUACUUUAAGCGGCGGGGUUUUGUGAACGAACCAAUAGAAUGGCGUAUGGUUGUGUGCUGGAUGUCCGUGGCGGUGGUAGAUCUGGCUGGGUCUAUCCGGGAGGGAUAUGUGGGACAGUGCUGUCUCCUUGGGCGUGUUCUGUGGUUUUGUCGCAGCCAGUUUAGGAUGUGUGUUGGAGGAGGUUGGCCUUUUCUUUUGUUGUCCUUCGGGCGGACGCGUGAUCGAUCGCAGGCCCCGCCAACUCGGUGGCCUCGACAGUAAGCGCUUGUCACACGAACUGUGUCCUACGCGAUUGCACCGACUUCGGUUGGUUGUGCGGCCAGCACGUGCUGUCGUCUGCCUCCUUGUCACCGUUUUAUUAUUUGCGCUGGGGGCUCCUCAAUAAGCGGAGACCUGUAAAGUGGGGGUAAAUUAACUUCCCCUUGUGUGGUUUGGCGGUGCUAUGUGCUUGGCCGGCGGGAGAUGUGUUCUCUCUUUGGAAACCCUAACGUACAGUGUGACCUGGUUGGAUUGAUCGCCGUGUUGUCCGGUAAUCGCUGCACGGCAAUGCAUGGCGCUGCUGGUUGCAGGUCUCAAUUUCUUGCUAAUGUUGUGAGCUAAAAAGAGGACAGCCGCAAGAACCAACGGAAACCCCCCUGGUUGAUCGGACGGAACACGCUGGGAUUCUGAAGAGAGGUGCAUCUAUAUCGCAACUAACCUCUUUGUCGUUGUUACAGUUCGGUAUUGUGCAGCUUGAGAAGACGAAAUACCCUUGGAAAAGAAGUGAAAACGUUAUU